AGGAAGGUGUUUAGGUAUAAAUUAUAGAUUACUAAAUAGCAAAAUCCUCACUGAACUAAUCCCCCCAUUAAAGGAUGAAGCACAAGGGGAAUAGGGAUGAGUAAGAAGAGAUUUAACUCCUUAAGCUUCUGAUCUGCAGAAGUGCUCAACAUAUUGAAGUGGGCAGAUCUAAAAGAGUAGAAAAUAAAGUUUUGUCAGGGACUGUUAUGGAAAAUUUGAUGUCUUGAUGAGUUGAGUGUUCUCAAAGGCCAAGGAUUUGAUGGAUUUAUAAAAAGCUAAUCCCCAAUGUUAGCGGCCCGAUCUUUUAUUAGUGAGGAUGUAGAAAAGGAUCUAAACCAUCCUGAUUAGGGACCACCACUCAUUGAUAGGUUUAGGAUAGUUUGCAAUCAGUCCUGUGACAACUGUGACACCCCAUCCUGGCAGAGAUGAGCAAUCCAGACCCCCCAGAGAUGAAACAGAGCCCUGCAAUCCCACACAGCCCUUGGCAGCCUGGUGCCUCAGCCAAUGCCAAGGAUUACAACCUUGAACCCGCCAACACCAUGGGCUGAGGCAGCAGGGAGCAAAUCAGCAGCAGCCCAGGGCUCCACAGCCCACCUGGAGCACGAGGUGACCAUCAGUAGGCAGCAACAGGCAGGAGCAAAUCAGCAGCUGAGGCUGACCCCCACCACCAGGCUGGCCGGGAUAAAAGCUGCCAGCAGCCUCUGCUCGGCCCUUCUCGCACGCGCCAGAGCAGCAGCACCCAUGGCUCAGGAAACACUGCACUACUCCCACUCUGAGAAAGACUUCAUCUUGUCCCCUCUCAGUAAGAAGGCUCCCAAGAGGAUGGCAUCCCUGAUGGAGCUGAAGGAGAUCUUCCGCAGCGCCGACGCCGUCUGCUUCGACGUGGACAGCACGGUCAUCAGGGAGGAGGGCAUCGACGAGCUGGCCAAGUUCUGCGGCGUGGGGGACGCCGUGGCAGAGAUGACCCGCAGGGCGAUGGGUGGCACGGUGACAUUCAAGGCAGCUCUCACAGCACGGCUGGGCCUCAUCCGGCCCUCCUAUGAACAAGUGCAGAAAUUGAUAUCUGACAACCCACCCCAGCUAACUCCAGGAAUAAGGGAGCUGGUGAGCAGACUCCACCAACGAGGGGUGCAGGUGUUCCUGGUGUCUGGGGGGUUCCAGAGCAUUGUGGAACACGUGGCUUUGCAGCUGAACAUUCCCACAGCAAACGUCUUCGCCAACAGGCUCAAGUUUUACUUCAACGGAGAAUAUGCAGGAUUUGAUGAAACACAACCAACAGCUGAAUCAGGGGGGAAAGGAAAAGUUAUCACUCAUCUGAAAGAACAGUUCCAUUUCAAAAAAGUGGUUAUGAUUGGAGAUGGAGCUACAGACAUGGAAGCCUGCCCCCCUGGAGAUUGCUUCAUUGGAUUUGGAGGCAAUGUAGUCAGAAAGCAAGUAAAGGAGAAAGCAAAAUGGUACAUCACCCACUUUGAUGAGUUGCUAAAGGAGCUGGAAGAGCGAUAAACCCUCCUGUAAAAUAAUCUAUUUAACACCUGUAAAUCCAUUAUACAAUGCCAUUAAACAUUUAUUUGUUUGCAAA